AUGGCCCUGGAUAUUUGUCGCGGUGUCGCUUUCUUACAUGAAAUUGAGAUCCUUCAUCAUGACAUUCGUUCGACAAAUAUUUUAAUUAAUAAAGAUCAUAAAGCUAAAAUAGCAAAUUUCGGUCUAAGUAAAAAUUUUUCAAAACUUACAUCAGGGAAUCAAUCGCAUUUUGUAGAUGUUGUGAAAUAUCUUGCUCCAGAAAAACUUUUUGAUAACGAAAAAAAAGUUUCUUAUGAUUCUAAAUCAUUAUUGUGGGAAAUCGCUGAAUUGAAGAAACCUCAUUCUGAUCUUGAAACAUCAAAUUUAAUUCAAGGUAUUAAAGAUCGUGUAAACCAUGGAUAUCAUGAAACAAUUUCAAAUUUUGUGCCAGAUGAAUGGAAAAAUAUAGUAUCUAGAGCUAUGGAAUAUAAGCCUGUUUGGCGUCCCAAUAUAACUGAUAUUUGCCGAACAUUUUUUGAAUUAAAGACCAAUUUUUCAAGAUUGUCAAAAUCUAACGAAAAUUUAUUAGUAAAAAAUGAACAGAUUGAAACGAUAUCUUCAUUUAGAAUCAUUAAAAUUAUCUCUGUGGAAGAUGCAAUUCGUGUGCAUAAAUCCAAGAACGGAAACAAACAGAUUGUUUGGGAUAGCUUUAAAUAUCAUUCAAUGAUCAAUAUUGAAGCAAGGUAUUGGGUAGGAUACUAUUAUUAUUAUCAUGGUGAAGAUAUUGAAGAAUUACAACAAAUUAGUAAGAACGAAAGAAUUAAAAUUGCUAUAGAUAUAUUUAAAGAAACUGCUGAUAAAGGAAAUCCACUUGCUCGAGAAGAAUACGGAAAAUAUUUAUUGCGAAAAAUUUAG